CCGCCCCACCCCUCCGGCCCAGACCGGAAAUGAGGUCAGAGAGGGAAGCCCUGGCGGUGAGAGUCGGCCCAAAAAGCGGCGGCCGUCGGAGGUGGCUGCGGCAGCUGAUGUGGCCUCAUGGAUGAGCUGGUACACGACUUAGCCUCAGCCUUGGAGCAAACAUCUGAGCAGAAUAAGCUUGGUGAGCUGUGGGAGGAGAUGGCCCUGAGCCCCCGGCAGCAGAGGAGGCAGCUUCGGAAACGCCGAGGUCGGAAGCGUCGUUCUGACUUCACUCACCUGGCAGAGCAUACCUGCUGCUACAGCGAGGCGUCUGAGUCAAGUCUGGAUGAGGCCACUAAGGACUGUCGAGAAGUGGCUCCCGUGACCAAUUUUAGUGACUCUGAUGACACAAUGGUGGCCAAACGACACCCAGCUCUCAAUGCCAUUGUUAAGAGUAAGCAACAUUCUUGGCAUGAAUCUGACUCCUUUACUGAAAAUGCACCUUGUCGACCACUCAGGCGCAGGCGGAAGGUGAAGCGAGUGACAUCAGAGGUGGCUGCUAGCCUUCAGCAGAAACUGAAGGUAUCAGAUUGGAGCUAUGAGAGAGGCUGCAGGUUCAAAUCUGCUAAGAAACAGCGUCUGUCCCGCUGGAAGGAGAAUACUCCCUGGACCUCAUCAGGCCACGGAUUGUGUGAAUCAGCAGAAAACAGGACUUUCCUAAGCAAAGCAGGAAGGAAAGAAAGGAUGGAGUGUGAAACAGAUGAACAAAAACAGGGCUCUGAUGAGAACAUGUCAGAAUGUGAAACCAGCAGUGUGUGUAGCAGCAGUGACACUGGGCUCUUUACUAAUGAUGAAGGGCGACAAGGUGACGAUGAGCAGAGUGAUUGGUUCUAUGAAGGAGAAUGUGUCCCAGGAUUCACUGUUGCUAAUCUUCUGCCCAAGUGGGCUCCUGAUCAUUGUUCUGAAGUAGAAAGAAUGGAUUCUGGAUUGGAUAAAUUUUCAGAUUCCACAUUCCUUUUACCUUCUCGGCCAGCUCAAAGAGGGUAUCAUGCUCGCUUGAAUCGUCUGCCUGGAGCUGCAGCUCGGUGCCUCAGAAAGGGGCGAAGAAGGCUGGUUGGGAAGGAGACCAGCAUAAACACUUUGGGGACUGAGAGGAUAAGCCAUAUCAUUAGUGACCCUCGGCAGAAAGAAAAGAAUAAAGCGUUGGCUUCUGAUUUUCCUCACAUUUCUGCUUGUGCACAUGAGUUCAAUCCCCUGUCUCCCCUUUACUCACUGGACGUUCUUGCCGAUGCUUCUCACCGAAGGUGUUCACCAGCACACUGCUCUGCCAGACAGGCAAAUGUACAUUGGGGACCACCGUGUUCACGUGACAUCAAGAGGAAGCGGAAACCAGUGGCCACGGCAUCUUUGUCUAGCCCCAGUGCAGUUCACAUGGAUGCAGUGGAGCCAACCACACCAGCAUCACAAGCCCCCAAAUCACCCAGCUCUGAGUGGUUGGUCAGGACCUCUGCAACAGAGAAAACCACAGAUGCAACUACUGCUACAUUUUUUAAAAUGCCACAAGAAAAGAGCCCUGGAUACAGCUAGAGAGCAAGACUUCACCCUCCAGGAGCUGACUGGGUGUUGCUGAAGCAAAUGUUGGACUUUGUGUUAGAUAGUCUUGCAUAUCUUAAUCGACAUUCCCAGUCCUUUCACCACCAGAACCAACUCCUCUUUCAAACACAGCAGUGGACUCUUUCUCUCAGAAGAUCAUGUUGUGCGAGUCUUUUUUUUUUUUUUUAAAUAGUAAAAUAUUGAGGCAGCAAUUUUUACAAAAAGGUCAUCCUCUGCUCUAUUUGUUACCUUGUUAUUGCUGUCUCAACAUUUACUACAGCUCCAUUUACAGAGCUGUUGCUUUUUUGCAGUUGUCUUUGUUCUUGAAAAACCAGUAACUGCUUCUGCAUACGUUUUGUGUAGAGCUUUUAAUAUCAUUUGAGGAAGUUCCAAAUUUGUAGCCAGUUCCAAACAAAUUUAAAUACUGAGUUGAGGCCUGUAUGGAAUUGUUUGCAGGAGAUAAGGCUUGCCUUUGAGCCUACUCUUGAUUCACUCAGAGUGCCAAUAAGAUAAAUCAACGAGGUUCUCAUUUUGGAGCCUCAAAAGAGACACCAGCAACUGGGCCUUGAGAACUUCCAUUUUUUUGCAGAUUGUCUGCAGAAACUCAGACAGCUCAUCAGCAGCAGCAGCUGUAUUGUAUUUUACCUCAUCUUCAGAGUUUAUGUUCUACUGAAAGAGGACGUGUGUAUACAUGCACACGCACACACACAGCUUGGUGUAAUGGAGAAGAUGGUUUAGGUGUACAGCAAAUUUAAAAUAGUCAGUGAAUUGUGUCUUACUACUUCAUGUCCCAGUGUAAGCCUUUAUGUCCUAAGCAGAACUUUAUUGUUAGUAUUAUAGGUUAAUAACCUGCAGCAGAAAUUCAUACUCUAUUAUAAUAAUGGCUUCUUGGGGCCAUGCUUUGGGGAGGUAAAAUGUCUUUUUGACAUGCCUUUAUAUUUGGUGUGUUUAUGAUGGCUCAGCUGCAUGUGGAGUUAUAUAUACAGUCGUGCCUGAAGUUGGAUGCUACUUUGUCAAAAUGAGAAAUAAGUGAAGGCCUGGAGCUGCUGGAGAGAAGCCACGCUUUCUAAAAAGUAUUAUCAAGAGUGUCUGUCAUUCAUUCAGGGGCCUGGCUGACAGAAGGGCUUUUUUUAAUACCAAUGAGUGCAUUUACUCUGAAAUACACAGAAGCUCUUGGUGAAUUGCUCCCUGCUCUGGUCACAUUGUAGAGGGACUCCGACUCAUGCACCUGCUUAUUUUCUGUCUUAAAUAGGUGCUGGAUGGGGCAGCACCUCCUUCCCCCAAAGUGCGAUUGCCCCUGUUUCCCAUACAAAGUGUAAUGAUGGGUUGCUUUAUCAUACUCCCUUUUACAAUUAUAGUCCUUAUCAAUGGAAACUCCAGAUUUCUUUAUCGAUGAAGUGGGGAGGUGGGUGGGCAUGAAUCUAGUUGGAAAAGGGGAUUUGAAGCUAAGUUUAUGUGGCACUUUAAGACUGAGAACAUGUCAAUUGUUCAUAAUCAGGAAUAUGGUAGAGGGAGAGCAGGUGGAGAUGAUGGGACGGGAAAGUGCAGAAACCGGCCCAGCAUGCCUCUGAGUCGCCCUUGGUUCUCAUGCAGCAGUGUGUGUGCUGACAGGGGUGUUCCACCCUUGGUUCUCAUGUCAUGCAGCAGUGUGGGAGAGUGGUGAAGCCGGCCCAGCAUGCCUCUGAGUUGCCUCUGGUUCUCAUGCAGCAGUAUGUGUGCUUAACAGGAGUGGAGAUGAUGGGACGGGAGAAUGCUGAAACUGGCCCAGCAGACCUCUGAGUCACCCGUGGCUCUCAUGCAGCAGUGUGUGUGCUUACAGGGAUUUCCCAGGCUGCACUUCCCUUCCCUGUGGGCUGCACCCACAGAAGUAUAGAAAAUAUGUCUGUUGAAUAUAAAUUGGUACCACUGAAUUGUUUUAGUGAUGAGGUUAGAUUUUGUUGUCAUGUGCAUUGUCACCAUAGUGACCCAUGGCAUAUAUUUUUAACAUACUUGGUUGGGUUUGAGAGAAAUCUGUGGAUAUAAUUUUUUGUUUGUGUCAAGCUGUAUGACUCAUGCAGUGAUUGGUCCCAUGAUCAUGGCCUAUUAGUGAAAACCUCCAAAGGUCAGGUGGCCAAGGUGUUCCCACAUUUUUUCUAUAUAACUUGUUGCCUGAUAGUCCACCUUUCUACCUAUGAUUAAAAAUUUUUAUAUACAACAUUAUUUACAUUUCAAACAUCUCUACAAAGUCAUGCCAUUUUAAGGAGACGAAAACAGUCACAGAGUUAAGUGACUUGCUCCAAAUCACAGAACUAAGCCAGGACUAGAAUCCCAGACUUUCAGAUUUUCUCUGCCCUGGGUUAUAAUCUCUUGUUUUUCAGUGAUAGACCUGAGUCAGUCUGAGAUGCUUAUUUAUGAAACAGUAUGCCGUGAAUAUUUAUUAUCUUCUUGGGCAUGCUUUUCUACCCAUUUUGAAUACUUUCAACAGGGAUUACCCAAGAAUGCAACGUCUACCUGUAAUAAAUGGGGAGAAAGUUAGUUGCCUGAGAGAAUAGAAUAUUAAGCACACAAAUACUUUCCAACACAGGGUUGUAAGUUGUGCUCCUCAUUUUAAGGUGCUGUAUCUGCAUGUUUAAGGAUUAUUAAUCAAUGUAUUCUGCUUGCUUUCUGUAUUAACCAGUUCCAGAGGAUAGACUUAGAAAUGAGUGUAUUUUGAAUCUUAAAACUUAAAGUUUCUUUAUAUGCAACGCAGUGUAUAAUGUCAUAAAUUAAGAAAAAUCUAUUAUCUUUCAAAGAAAUUACCUAGUUUCAAAAAUCAGGUUUUGUAAUCAGUGUUGAAAAACUCUGAAACACGACUUACUUUGAGGAUGAUCCUUGAGCUCAUGUAUUUGAUCUGCUCAAAAGUAGUAACUAAAGCUGAGUUAAACAGUUUUUAUUUAUUUCAGGGUUCUGAUUUUUCCCAGCUGGCUACACAGAUGGCCUAUCUGAAUCCUAAUUUUGUGUGUUUUCGAUGAUGGGCAGAAGUCAAAACAUUAUCUGCUUCUGUGAGGAUCAUUAAUAAAAAGUUGGUUUUAAUUACGAGUUUAAGGGAAUUUUAGUUUAUUUUUCAGAUGGAGUAUUUGAAAGGAACAAAACUCUCGUGUUGCCUUUUGUUGUUGUUGUUGUUGUUGUUGUUUCCUAGAGACAGGUUCUUGAUCUGUCACUCAGGCUAGAGCGCAGUGAUGUGUUCAUAGUUCACUGUAACCUUGACCUCAUAAGCUCAAGCCAUCCUUCUGCCUCAGCCUCCUGAGUUGUGAGAACUACAGAAGUGUGCCACCACGCCUGGCUAGUUUUUUAAGUUUUUGUAGAGAUAGGGUCUUGCUCUGUUGCCUAUGCUGGUCUUGAACUUCUAACCUCAAGCAAUCUUCCUGCCUCGGCCUCCCUAAGUGUUGUAGUAAUAGGUGUGAGCCUCCAUGUCCGGCCUUGUGUUGCCUCUUGGUAAGAACUAAUAAAAGGAAAUUAGUAGCUUGUUUACCUGGUACCGGAUUUGGAGGGGGCUGAGUAUAGUUUUUACUGAGUGGUAUGUGAUUGGAAAAUAGGCCACAUUAGCCUUGAAUUGUUUGAAAUCAAAUGAGAUUCGAAAUUUUAGAGGACAUUGCUGGGCUAUGAAAUAGGCUACUAACAAGGCUAUUUUUGUAGCAAAAUGGCCAAAAGCUGAAAUAAAUCUUCUUAGUCUGUGAUGCUUGCAGAGCAUCCUUUGUUAAGUAAAGCACAACACCUAGGACAAGUAACUAAACUAGUUAUGACUUCCAAAUAGAUUGAUAGAGCCUUGCAUUUUGGAGUUAGAGACACUGUAGCUGUAUCUAUAGACCUGUAAUAUAGCCUGGAAAGUUCUGUUGCUGCAGAGUUAUCAUUCAAGUCACUUGGAAUUGAAGAAGAUACGGAGUGUUGAGACAAAGGAACUAGGCUGGCACAGUCAUUGCUGAUGCGAUGGGUUCUCCACUUUGGCUCCAGGCGUAGGCUCCUGGUGGUGAUGCAUGAUUCAUUUCCAGUCUUUGUUUCAUUUUGGCUUCAUUACUGUGGUUCUGAGCCACACAGGUUUCUCCCCGUGAGGAGAAGACUGUAAAAACCUCAGCGUUAGCAGCUGUGUUCAGUGCCCUGUAUGUCUUGUGAAGCUUAUCUGAGCUGGACUGAGAGCAGAGUGGCUCACUCUUGCAGCUGUGGAUGCAGUCUAGUUGGAGGCAUGGCUUGGAGGAUGUCAUGGUUCAUGCAAUGGUUGGAGGGAUGGUAAAGUUAGCUCUUGUCAGCUGCUUCCCUCUGCUAGUGCUUGAGCUGCCAAUUUUAUUUGUCAGUGUUUCCUUAUCUUCCACUCCUGUUGUGAAAGGUCACAGAGUUACUGUCACUGGCAACAAUUUCUCCCCUUAGAAGAAAUCUGGUACAGAGGGAAAGGGUGAGGAAAAUGGUGAAUUCCAUCACUCAGAACUAAAUGCAAGUGGCACAGAGAUGCUUUCUCCUGUGUUAACGUCUCCAAAAGAUGAACAUCAAAUGCCCAGAAACAGCAACAUCAAAAAGAAGGAAGAUGAGAAGUAUUGUUGAAGAGUAUGGACUAUAGGGUUUUUAACAAGUCCAGCAAGACAAACUUAUGGCUAAAAGAAGACAUUUUUCUAUCACUGCAAGUAGACAUCAUAAAUGCUUGGUAAAAUUGCCAGAUUUAGGGAAUAAAAAAUUUUUCAAGUACAGUAUUGAAGAAUGGGGGCACAUCCUGAAGACAUUCAGCAAAGAAGCAAUCUUGGCAAGGUGGAGAAGUGGGAAGCAACGUGGAGAGAAAAGGAGCUGCCCAGCAGGAAUUGUUAGCGUGUGGUCCCUAGGCCAACAACACCAGCACACCUUGCCCACACUAGACCUGCUGAAUCAGAAACUGCCAGCGCAAGGUCCAGCAGUCUUCCAGUAAGCCCUCCAGGGGGCUCUGGUGCAUGCUCAAGUUUGAGAACCAUAGACUUUGACACAGUUAAAAAGAUGUUUUCAUGGACUGGUCUCCUUCUAAGCUCUGAGAUGCUCUCAUAAUCCCUCCAUAAGUAAAGAGUUGUUUUUUUUUUUUAUAAUUCUUUGCAGAAACUGUUAAUGUCUUUAUUUCUCAUAUUUUUUUUUCCCCUACAAGCUCCUGAAAGAUCUUUUUGAAAAAUUGACAAAGGAUGCUAUCAAGGGCUAUGUUUAAAUGGAUGGAAAUAACCUUGAAAAUGGAUAAAGCCUGGGUGUGGUGACUCACGCCCAUAAUCCCAACACUUUGGGAGGCCAGGGCAGCAGGAUUGCUUUAUCGCAGGAUCUGAAGACCAGCCUAUGCAGCAUAGUGAGACCUUGUCUCUACAAAAACUUUUAAAAAUUAGCUGGCUGUGGUGGUGCAUGCCUGUGGUCCCAGCUGCUUGGGAGGCAGAGGCAAGAGGAUCACUCUAGCCCAGGAGGUUGAGGGUGCCGUGAGCCAUGAUCUGGCCACUGCACUCCAGCCUGGGUGACAGAGCGAGACCCUGUAUCAAAAAAUGAAUAAUCAAAUAAAAAUGGAUAAAAAUGUAACAAUGAAUUAUUAGUCUAUGAAUGAUAGUCAUUUUUCACAAUUGGCAGUAAAAUUAUGAUUUGUGUAAUGUAUGAGUUUACCACAUUUAUUCAUAAGAUCUUAGUUUCAAGGGAAAGUAUCAUGUAUUUUCCAGCAUGAUAAUGAUGAAUCAUUUAAAGUAUGGCUCAUAAAAAUGAAAAAAAAAUAUUGGAAGAAAAAGCCAACUUGGGUACAUAGGUGUGUAAUAAAUAGCUGUUGAGUUAUUGAUAAUCUCUUGCUAGGAUUGAAUCUCAGUACUUCAGAGCAUGUAAAAAUCAAUUUUCUGUGAUCCCACUUAAUCACACCGUGUUGUCUUUUUUUUAGAUUUCAGCUAGCGAUUCUGCAGGGGUCGGAGACCAAUAGCAAUCUCAUGCUUUGUUGUUGAUGUUAUUGUCUGACUCGUGGAUUCAGCAUUUCAGAAUAUGGUACUCUAAUCUUAAGGCUUUGAAAAAAAAAAAACCGUGGCCAUUUUUCUUUAUAUUUUACUUGUGUUAAUUGGGCUAGGUCCUAACUGGUUGCCAGAGCCUGGAAAUCCAGGUUCUGUCUUUUCAGGGAAUAUGCAUAGCUAAAGAGUUCAUUGUGUUUGCAAAGGUACACUAGGAGUUCUCAUUUCCUCAGAUGCUUAUGUGUGUAGACUGUUAAGUUCUCAUUUCAAUUUUUGCAGUCUUUUAAAACACCACACAAUUUUUCUUUUCCAUCUUAAAGACCAGUUAAAACUACCUCUGGCCACAAAUGUUAGUGUUACUAGAUAUUAUCAAGGUGUGAGACUAAAAAGUUAGAAGACUUUAAGAUGUAAAUUAUAUAAGUUAAUGUUUUCUUUCUCUGAAAGUUCUGACCCUUGCUGACCCCUCAUUCAAAUGUUUUUAAUUGAAAGGGGUAAGAAAAUAUCAGAGAACUUAAAGAUGGCCUUCGUAACUUUGACUCAAAAUCAACACGUUUCAUUAUGUAUAGGUCCUACACCUUGCUUCCUCAAGCAGGCCAUGAAAAAAAAUCUCAUGACCAUGCAGACUGAUGCCACCCCAAAACUAUGGUAACGAUUUGAAUUGCUCUCAAUAUUGAUCUCAAACUCCCUCCUGUUGUCAGCAGCUACUGCAAACUGGCUAUUAUAAACCCUUUCUACCCCCACCUUCUCUCAAUCUCAGCAGUUAAUCUCAGCCCUCCCCCACCACGUAACAGCCUCGGGCAGAACUUCCCACUUAGACACCCUCACACACACCCUUCCUUACCUUCUUGCCAGUGCCUGUCCUGCCCAAGACGAAUCCCUUUUCCUGUGCCCUAAGCCCUCUCCCUUGAUAAAUGACUUGAUCUAGAUAUAGCCUCACACUCCUGGCACAUACAGCUUUGCAUUUAAACAUGUUCAGAUACUCCUGCUUCAAACAAAAAUACCUUUCCUCAACCCUUUGAAAGCCUAACUACCACUAAAGUAUACUGCCCUUAUCUGCACUCUGUCCAUUCUGCAGUCCACUGAGGCAGUGGUUUUUAACCCUGGCUGCAUGUUAGCAUCACCUGGGAAGCUUUAAAACGUCCUAAUUCUGUACUGGACCACAGACCCAUUAAGUCAGCAUGGGGAGGUGGGACGGGUUUCAGUCUUUAAAAAGAAGUGUAGCUGAGGCUGAGAACCACCACUCUAAAACCUGGCUGCUACCCUUGCUACCAUGAAAACUGUUCUUGCUGGAUUCACCAGUGACUUCUACUGUCAAAAUGUAGCCCAUAGGUUGAUUUUUAUGAUACUGAUGCUGUAUAACCACUUCCUUCUUUGGAAUGCACCCUUUCCUGACCCUGCUUUCCUGAUUUUUCUCCCACUUCUUUGCUCUUUCUCAAUUUCUCUGGGUGGUUUGGUAGGUCAGUCUAGCAUAGACGGGAUGCCGGUCUCUGCCACCACCUCCGUUACUGAAGUGAACACCUGUGUGCCAGUGAGUUCCUUUGCCAUACCACCUUAAUGCACCAACUUAAAAGCACAGAUUAGAGGGAAGCGUUCACAUUCACUAAUCACUGCAGGCUUCUAGGAAAGCAUACUAAAGGACUCUGGUCCUUCUCUUACCUCCCUUGUUCCUCCUCCAAGCCCAGUGAGGCAGGAGGAAUUGCUGAUAAGAUUAGUGAGAUUCUAAGGUGGAUCACUCCUGUUUACUUAUGAGUUGCUGUUUGUGAAAAGAUGACCUGGACUGUGGUCCGUCUUCUGCUUUCUCCUCUUCGGGGUCUUGGCCUGGUAAGGGGGCCCGUGCCCAAAAGAGGCUCCUCCACCUAAUGCUGUCUUCAAUCUGUGGCUUUCUGCUGCUGGUUAAGAUUUUAAUUGGGCUGCCUCAUCCCUUUUUGACCUUGAGCUUCAUGUUGAUCUUUAUCAAGGAACUUUUUAUUGGGGCAUCACCACUAGCCCUAUGAAUACAGUGAAAUUUGAUUUCCCAGUCUACUGUUACCAUUGCAUGCUGCCCCUGGAACUGGAUAUAUAGAUUCUACUUUCAUCAGAAGUGAUGCUGUGUGUUCCUGAUGUCUUUGAAUCACUAGUUUCUGAUUCAAAAUAUGGGGUAGGUGGAUCUGAUUAGUAGUCAUAUGCCUGUGUCCUGGCUAGGAAGUCAGAAUGAGGUUAUCUGGAAAGUUGAGCUUCCUCACAUGUGGGAAGGUACUUCAGAUGCUGGACAGCCAAUAAGAAUAACAAAGGUCCACCAGAGCCAUUGCCCCAGUCACUGAUUCAACAAACAUUUACUGAACACUGAUUAAGCCAAGUGCUCCUCAGGGACCUCUUAGGGAAGAGGAUAACUGCCCUAAAGCUGGAUGCCCCUGGGCCCCUUAGAUAUACUAUCCUUGAGACUAUUAGGCCCCUGUCCAGAAUACCUAAUAAUAAUAAUGGCAAAUGUGUACUUAGUGGUCUGCCAUUUGGAAACAACAUCUCACUCAGCAACUCUAAGGGUAGGUACUUUUGUCUCCAUUUUAAAACAAUGAAAUACACUUACAGUUAUAGACAAACUUGCUGAAGUCACAUAUCUAUUAAGCAUCAGUGAAGAUUCAGAUUCAAGUCUGUUUGAUGUUAAAGAGUGUCUGUUCCUAACCAAUACCUCUGCUGCCUCUUUUGACAGACUGAACUGUCAGAGGGCAUGUACGUAUGCAUAAGCUGUGGGCCACUGGGCCCUGGGCCAGUGUCUGAUGAGACCUCUUUAUUGACUUGUUUCUCUUGGGCUGUUUCUCUACCAGGCAACUGAAUGGGCUCAUCCCUUCUCUGUGCGUACAUCAUUGAAUGGAGAUAGCCGGUUUCUGUGACAUCCUCUUAUAACAACCUAGUUUUGUUCUUGAGAGUGACCAGAGUGAGAGAAAAGUCAAUUAAAUCUUGCAGAUCUUGCAAACCUAUGGCAAUAAAAAGGUAUUGUCCUUUGUGUACCAAGGCACAACUGAUUCCUAAACGAGGAAGAUAUGUGUUAUGAGAUCGUAAUGUUAGUGAUAGACUUUUCAACACCUUGGUAAACAUUUCUUUGACUGUUAGCAAAAGCUGCCUUAACAGUCUUGGCUUUUAGAAAUGUCCCUUCAUUCAGUAGAUGUGUAUAGAACACAUUUUAUGCCAGGCACUCUGCUAGGAGCUGGGUAUACAGAGAAGAAAGGCAUUCCUGCUCUCAUGAUGUUCAUGGUCUUCUGAGGAAGAGACAAGAAAAGCAAGUAUUACGAUGUAGAGUGAGAUAAGAAUGGCAGGGUAUUUUGGCAGCAAGGAAGAGGGCACUUUAACUCAAACUGGGCAGUGGAAGAAGUUAAAAAAAAAAACACGAAAUGAAAUCCUGAAGGAUGAGCAGGAGUUAAGAAGAGUGGAUCAAGCCCUCCAAGGGUAAGAGCAUGGUUUGUUCAGACCACUGCAAGUGUUUUCAUAUGGCCCACAUGUAAAGCUUAUAGAGGAACAGAGAGAGGAAGGCAGGAGACAGGAAGUGAAGGCAGUUGGAGAACUAUUGCAGUAUUCCUCUGCUAAGCUCAGGGUGCCAUUCAUGGAAACCCUACUGCAACUGGCCCAUUGUGCAUACAAAGCUGGAACUGAGAUGUGAACAGGUUUGCAUUGCCUUGGUCACCUUCCGUGGGAAAUAUAGCUAGGCCCACUUAUUGGUAGGAGCUACUGACAUGUUAAAACUAGGUUAAACUGAAUUGGAAGUAAUGCUUUAUUUGGAAUCCUGGCUGGCUGAUUUCAUUACAUGUUCUAGCAUGAUACCAGUCUGAGGUUAUGCCCCUUGAACCACCAACUUAGUAGAGUUUAAUGCACAAUGUGAUGGUCUUAGUUCCUUGUACUGUUCUUCAGCGACAAAGUUGUUCAAGUGCCAGUUAAGUUUUUUGGGCUUUGUUUCUCAGUAGUCACAGUAAAUUUGUGUUGAUCUGUUUACACCUUUUGGACUGAACACCUUAGCAAUCUUUGAUAUUUUAAGCCUACAGAAAGUGCCCAUGGGAUAAAACCAAUCUGCUGGCUCACACUAAGUUCUGAUCCCAUGAUUUUGGUCUCAUUAAUACCGUGCUAUAAAUAAAGUUAGCUAAACGUUUUGAAACUGCAUAAAAGUGAAAUAAUUGUGAGUUUUGGGCCAACAUUUUUCCUGAACAGCUUCUGACUGACCAGCAUUUUAAAUUAGGUGAUGUAGUCUAGCUUUUGUACAUAGAAAUAAGAAAGUGACUUUUAUGUUCCAUUAUUAAAAUAGUAUAGGGAGGACAGGUAAAUAUACUAAUUUUUCAUUGCUCAUACUAGAGAAUUAAGGUAUAUUGACUAAUGAAAUAGAGGAUUAUGGGGACCAUAUGAAAAUAUGAUUAAAGAGAUUAUCACUAGAGGAAAAAUUCAGACUGCUAAUUAUGAGAAAAAACAUGUAUGCACAACCAAACAAAUCACAAAAAUUAAAGAUUUCUAAAACAAUAGAAUAGGAACAAAUGUACCUGUCAUAUUAAUAAAAGUAAACUUAGCUGUAGAUAAAAGGCAAAAAUGUCAGCAAACACUAAUUUCAUGUUAUAAGAUUCAGAAAGGUUGCGCAAAAGUAAACCAAGCAAACACAAACAAGAAAAUGAGUUGUAGUCUGCAUAUCAGGCAAGGUUGAACUUAGGGAAAAAGAGUUGAAAGAAAAAGAAAAACACUACAUAAUGCUAAAGGGUGUGACUCACGAGAUGUGAUGUUUCUCGAAUUCUGUACUAAAUAAUGGAAAACCAUUUAUGUAUUGGAAGCCAUGGGAGACACUGGAAGAAACAGAAAUACAGUGUUAGUUGGAUAUUUUAAUUCAAUUCUGUCAGUUCAUGACAAAUCAAUGGAUAAAACCUAGGACAUGGAAUGAUUUAAAUAAGAUACAGAAGAUCUAGUUGAUACAUAUUAGACUUUACCCUAAAAAUGGUAACUACACUUUACCCCUAAAACAUUUCCCCAUUUGACUGUGUAUUAGAGCAUACAGAAAACAUAAGUUUCAGAACAGAGAAAAGGAACAACAGAUGCCAUUUGCUGAUAAAAAUGCAAUAAACUUAGAAUUUGAGGAUAAGUGGUCAGAAAAAAAAGAAUGCAAUAAAUUAAAGCUAGAAAACACUGCUCAUCUGCAAUCUAAAAUGUUUUUAAGCUCUUCAACUAUUCUUGGGUUGAUUAGGAAAUGCAAAGCAUUAAAAAAGCAUUUCAUAUCUAGACUAUAAACUUGUUCCUCUGAGAUACACAUAAAACAGUGCCCAGAGGAAAAUUCAUUGCCCUAAGAUUUGUGUAUUAAAAACUAAGAUAAAUGUUGUAUAACUCAAAAUAUUAGGAAAAGGAAUCUUUUAAAAGCAGACUAAAAGAAUCCAGAAAAAUUAAUUAGAAAAAUGGGGAAACAGAAUUAAAGAGCUAAUUUUUAAAAUACGUAGUAAAAUAUGUAACAUUUUAGCUACCAUUACAAGAGAAGACAAACACAAAAUAAAAAUUACCAGAUAAUAUAUAAGAGCCAUAAAAUAUACUUUGCUCAACUGUACGCAAACAAUUUAAAAACUUGGAUUAAAUGGAUAAUUUUCUAGAAAGGUAUUAUUUGCCAAAAAAUGACAUCAAAAGAAAUCUAAUAUAGCAAUUGUCAUAGAAGAAGUAUUUCAAUUAGCAUGACUAAGUAUUUUUAAAGACCCUACCAAUGAAAACAAAGAAAUGCAUUUGGAGGAUUAACAAAAACUUUUUAUAACACCAGUUUUUUAUUUUACAUUUUAAAGCAUGACAUGGAAUUUAUUGAAAAGACAUGUAUUUUAUAGAAUCCAAGCAAAAGCUGACCAGCCAGAGAUAAAGUGAGACCAACUCAGGGAAUGUGAGCAGUGGUGAUUUAUUCCCUCUGGUGUUCCAUGUUAGCCUGACACAGAGCUCCUUUUCCACAUUCUCAGGGGCUCUUGAUCCAAAACCUUAAAAAAAAAAAAAAAUUAGACUUAACAGAAAAGCUGCAAAAGUAGAUUUCC